GUAAGCACUUGCAUUUUCGUGUAUAAAAUGUUAUUUUUGCACCAUUUUCGUGUAUUAUUUAUUUCCAAAAUGUAAAUUUAUGGGGUUAAUUGCAUAAUUUGAAAUAGAAAAGUAAAAGUGUUGCAAUUAUAUAGAUUGGGAGUAAUGUUAUUUAUUUCGCAAUAGAAGUUUAGAAUGUUAAUUGUGCCCUCAUGAAUUCUAAAAUAAUUUAAAUUAUGCAAUUAACACCAUAAGUUUAUUACAUUUUUGAAAGAAAUAAUACUUAACUAUGGUGAUUAAGUAACUUUUUAUUUAAAGUUUGGGGUAUUAAAAUUACAUAUGCAAGUUUGGGAUGCUCAUCUCACACCCCUUCAAAGUUUGGGGUGUUUUAAUUAUUUUCCCCUCUGCUAAAUUACAACAUGAUUUUGUCCGGCUGAAGCUCUUCAUCUGGGGCAGAAAUGCAGAAUUACACAGUCCAACCUUAAGCAAGAAAUAUCGAGAAGUAAUUGGAAUUGAUGUAAACAACGCCAAACGUUUUUUGGUAGGGGAAUUCUCUUCUCUUCAUACCCCCAACAAGAAAAUAAAUACAGUCUAUAACGAAGUGAAGAUCCUCGCAAAAAAAAAAAAGUAUAACGAAGUGAAGAAAGGAGAGAUCAACAAUAAACAAGAAUAUUCAAGCUGCAAUCCCAAAAGAGUUCGUAACAUGAAGAAAGGAAACAUCAAAUGAGUACAUUAUACUCCGUAUUUACUUAU